UCAACCAUGUCUUCUUUUGUUCCGGAAAAGAAUGAUGUUCCUGCAUCUCAAGUUAUUGAUCAAAAUGAAGUUAUUGAUGUUGCUGAUGAUGACGACAUGAUUAGUUCAGUUAAAAAAGAUUCUAUGUCGUCUUCUAUCGGUUUGUUAAGUGAUGGAGAUGGUGGAGAUGAUGAAGAUGGCGAAGAAGCACAAAGCAAGCCUGUUAUUGAUGAAGGAUCUCUCAAUUCUUUAGCUACAUUGGAAGCUGCUCUUCCUUUUAAGCGAGGAUUAUCGGGUUUUUACGAUGGAAAAUCAAAAACAUUUAUGAAUUUGGCUGAAGUGAAAAGUGUGGAAGAGGUUGAAAAGGAGGAAAGUCCAUUGAACAAGAGGAGACGUUUGACGGUGGCAACUAAUAACUUGUAUAAAUGGGGUAGUAGCAGCUCAAGUUCUAUGCCUCACUUGACACACACUGAUGGUGAAAACACACACAAUCUUGAGAUUGAUCAACAAGAGUUCAAAUCAUCAACCAGCAGUACUAGUUUUAAUUCCAUCGAUUCUACCACCAAUCCACCCAUCAACUGA